CAUACAGAAGGUCUUCGACACGAUGCGUAUCACACUCGCUAUCCAAGGCUUCGCCGCCCUGGCGGUGGCCAUGCCUGCCGCUCGUCCUCAGGAGAUUGAUGUCAACAUGGUCCUCGCCGCUCCCGAACCAGUGGCUUACGACCCUGCUGUCGGAGCUACAGCUCAGGUCGUAUCUUAUGACUUUACCUCCCUGGUUGCCCAGGCCACUGCUCCUGCCACCUCAGUUGCAAGUGACGUUGCUGCGACAGCCACUGCAAUCGAGAAGAGAGGAGCUGCUUGCACUUCUCUGGCCCCGGGAGCCUCUGGAGCUCCUCCUUACUCCCCUGACACUCCCGCUGCUUUUGCCUCCAACUCGGACUUCGCCUCGAUCGCUUCUAAUGCUCCGGUCCCUACCGGAUACACCAACACCUUCACUAAUGUCAAUGCUUCCAACAGUGCGCUGCUAAGUGCGNAUGCUAUUUACGGAUGUCUUUCUUUCAACUUGUACUUCGAGAGAGAUCCAUCAGUCGAUCCUGGCUCAGGUGCAUCUGGUUGCGAAAACCCUCCAUCAGUCACCUACAUCAAGUNNGUCUUCUGGGGAGGUCCGGUCUCCAAGGCCAACGCCAACAACUACGGACAAUACCGUAACCAGUUCCAAGUCUUGAUUGCUGGCUCUAAUGGUUACACCAACAACACUCUGGCUGCGCCGGCUGGUUACUCUGAUGCCAUCUACUAUGGCACCCACGCAAUCGACGCACCCCUUGAUGCUCAAGGCUACUCUACUUUCAUCACCAGCAAGAUUUUCAGCGGCCCCUUCGAUGCCAGACUUUGUGCUGCAGCCUGCGAUGCUCAGACUCAGUACGCCAUCAACAACCCUUCUGCCGAUGGAACUCCCGCCAAGCAGUGCCACUUCUUCAACACUUACAUCCUCAACUUGAAUGACAACAAGCACCCUCAAGGCCAGUACUGUACCCUCUAUACCGAGGCUUGGCCCUCAAAGUACGCCACUUCAACUGGAUCAUCAACCAGCAGUUACGGGUAUAUCAGCACCUCAGGCUCAGGCAUUGAUCCUACCAAGGGUGACAAGACUGGUGCCAUCUAUCAGGCUUCUGGCGAGAUGAAGUCCGACUCAGCUCAACUCAGCUCGGUCUUCCAGCCCUUCUGCUCUUCUUACCUUGCUUACUCGGCCGUCCCCGCCGUUACCAUCACCUCGACCACCACUGUUUCGCCUGUGGCUACCUCGACUGCAUACGCCACCUCGACCGCACCUGCCAUGCGCAAGCGUGAUGAUGGUGACGCUGACUCUUUCCCAGGUCUGACCACCAACUCGACCAACGCCGUUCCUGCCGUGUACGACUCCAACAAGAACGUUACCUGGUACCUUCCCAUCGAGUCCAUCGCUUCUGAGGCUGCCGCAAGCUCUACCGCAGCUCCUGCCAAGCGUGAUGUCUCGACUCCUUCUGUCUUGACCAAGUACCCUGCUACAGUCAUCUCUUCGGCUUGUUCUCUGCAAGUCAGCCAAGCCACUCUCGCCUCGACUGUGACUGUCAACGAGACUACCACUCUUGCUACUUCGACCACAAUCACCACGAUUAUGUCUACUAUCACCGCCAGUCCCUUGUCGACGAGCUCUUCUGCUUCGUCUUCCACUGCAAAGGCUUCCGCUACCGCCGCCGCAAACUUGAAACUCCGCAUCUCCUCUUCUGGCACCAGCGCUGAUGGCCAAGAGCUCGAGUUCGACUCUGCCACUUCCUCUUCAGGCUACUCGAAUGCUUACAUCAACUACUACACCUCGUCAAGCUUCUUCCACGGCUCGGCCAUUACUCCUGGCUUCGUCCUUGACCCCUCCACUGGAUACCUCAAGGACAAGAAAUACGGAUACAUCAUGGCUGUUUACAACAGUCCUCUCCCGAACCUUACUGGCCUCGCAUACACCGUCAUGUUCUUCCCGGCCAACAAGGUCAAGGCUAACGGAUAUAUUCCCGUUAUCUGCAGUGGUUCUUCCGUGCUGCAAUGCUCGGCCAAGAACUCUUGGGGCGCUGUCCUCGAUAAUGUGUUCAUUCACCCUCAGGUCGCUGUUACUGGUGACGUUUACUGGUCGCUGAGACUUGGUGAUGACAACUACCUUCCUCUGUUGGGAGAUGCUGCUGCUCAAAUCGGGUUCCAG